AUGCAGGUCCAUCCAGAAGAGGCUAAUUCAGACCCUUUGAGUGGUCCAAAUGAAAACCGUACAGUUCGUGAUGUUCUCUUCAUUGUUCUUAUGCUUGGCUAUAUGGCGGGAAUGGGCUACGUUUCGUAUAUAGGAAUAACAAAUGGUAAUCCUUACAGCCUGUUUUAUGGAACGGAUAGCUGGGGUAAUAUCUGUUCCCAACAAAAUGAAGCUAUCAAAGGAUCCAAUCUAUCCGGUCUAGAUAUGAGAACAAAGCCCUAUAUAUUUUAUUUUGAUAAAGAUAUAUUAAAAGAUGUUGCUUCUGGUCAUUAUCUUGAUUCUACAUCUAAAGCGAUAUGUGUAUCGGAAUGUCCUAAUGAAACUUUAUCAAGUGUUGAAGAGAUGCAGGAAUUUGCCAAUGGAACCAACAGUAUGUUAUGUCAAUAUGAUGUUCCUGUUAGUCAGUAUUACUCUGCAGAUCCAAACUCUACAGAUACCUGUCCUACUUUACCAAUUGAAGAAACCACGGAGAUCUUUUUUAGAUGUAUACCACAAAGCUUAACAUCAGUAUUGGACAAGUUUGGUGACGUAGUAAACAGUGUAUUUAACCUUUUUGAUAACGAUUUUACUGAGAAAAGUUAUGCGGAUCUUCAAACUUAUUGGAAGGAAAUUUUAUAUAUUUCUUCAGCUUCUCUUGUGAUUUCAUUUAUUAUAAUUCAAUUAUUAACCUACACGGCUGGUAUAGCAGUAUGGACUGUCUAUAUUCUAAUGAUAUUAGGAUCAAUUGGUGGUAUAGCUUUCUGCUGGUACACAUACUUUACCCAAUCCAAAACACAGACCUGGCUUAUUAUUUCAAUCGUUGUCUCAGUUGUCGGGGUAUUGUUACUGUUGAUUUUAUUGUUUAUGCGGAAACAAAUAGCUUUGGCUGUACAGUUAUUUAAAGAAUCUGGUAAAGCAAUAAGGAAAAUGCCUAUUUUACAUAUUCAACCAUUUAUAACAUUUAUAGUACGAAGUGGAACUGCUGCUGGUUUAGUUUAUAUUUUCUUAUAUCUUUUAACAUCCAAAGAAACAGCUUUAAAUGAAAACAACGGACACGUAACCAAAAUUGAAGAUCCCAAAAUGAACUAUUUGUUAGCUUAUUAUGUAUUGGGAUUUCUGUGGAUGAUGGAAUUUAUAUUGGGUUGUGAAAGAAUGUUGAUAUCUGGAGCUGUCGUUCGGUGGUAUUUUUUAAGAAAUAAAGAUGACGUAAAAUCACCCAUCCUGAAAUCAUAUAAAACUAUGAUAAGAUAUCAUCUGGGAUCUAUUGCUUUUGGGUCACUACUGAUUGCUAUAGUCCAGUUAAUAAGAAUUAUUGUUGCCUUUAUUGAUGCAAGAUUGCGAGGAGCAAAAAAUGUAGUUGCCCAGGUUCUUUUGAAAAUUCUUGGUUGUUGUUUGUGGUUGUUUGAAAAGUUUUUAAAAUUUUUGAAUGCAAAUGCAUAUAUCGAAAUAGCGAUACAUGGUUAUGGGUUUUGUAAAGCUGCUAAAUCAGCAAUGUCUGUGAUAAUAAGAAAUGUUUUACGUGUAGCUGCUGUCAACAGCGUUGCUAGCUUUCUCUUGUUCAUUGGUAAACUUGCUACAGUUGCUGUUGUAGCUGUCAUUGGUUUGGAAGUAUUUAAGAAUAAGGAACUGAAUUAUCUAUGGUUACCAAUAACAUUAGCAUGUAUUAUUUCAUAUAUAAUUGCCUCCAGUUUUCUUUCUCUGUAUGAAAUGGCAAUCGAUGCUUUAUUUAUAUGUUUUAUAGAAGAUUGUGAUAUGAAUGAUGGUUCUGCUAAGAAACCAUAUUUUAUGAGUGCUCAAUUAAUGAAAUAUGUAGAUGACUCAAAAGGAAAGAAUAACGAUGUACCAGCUAAAAAAGAAGUAAAAGAAUAACUCAACGUUUUAAAUUAGAUCCAUCAAGACGUUGAGUAGAUUUAAAGUUAUCCAUAAAGAUGUUCCAAUAGAUUUGAAAUUAUCCAUAAAGACGUUCCAACAGAUUUAAAGUUAUCCAUAAAUAUGUUCCAAUAGAUUUGAAAUUAUCCAUAAAGAUUUUCCAACAGAUUUAAAGUUAUCCAUAAAGAUGUUCCAAUAGAAUUAACGUUAUCCAUAACAAUGUCCCAAUAUAUUUGAAAUAAUCCAUAAAGAUGAUCAAAUAGAUUUGAAGUUCUCUAUAACAAUGUCUCAAUAGAUUUGAAGUUUUUCAUGAAGAUGUUCCAACUGAUUUAAAGAUGUU